AUGCAGGUGUCCAGCGUGAAUAACGUAAAGAUUUAUAAUUUGAGUCACGGAAAAUCUCUGCCUGAGUGGCUCUCAGACCGAAAGAAAAGAGCUUUACAAAAGAAGGAUGUCGAUGUUCGGCGAAGAAUCGAGCUUAUUCAGGACUUUGAGAUGCCGACAGUUUGUACGUCCAUCAGAGUGUCACGUGAUGGGCAGUACAUUUUGGCAGCAGGCACUUAUAAACCCAGAGUACGGUGUUACGACACCCACCAACUGUCUCUGAAGUUUGAGCGAUGCCUGGACUCUGACGUGGUGGCCUUUGAAAUCCUGUCUGAUGACUACUCUAAGCUGGUAUUUCUGCACAUCGAUCGCUAUGUAGAAUUCCAUUCCCAGCAUGGGUUCUACUAUAAGACCCGAAUCCCAAAGUUUGGGAGAGACUUCUCCUACCAUUAUCCCUCCUGUGACCUGUACUUUGUAGGAGCCAGCUCAGAGAUAUAUCGGCUGAAUCUGGAACAGGGCAGAUUCCUUAACUCUCUCCAGACCAGUGCAGUAGAGGUCAAUGUGUGUGACAUCAACCCUGUGCACCACUUGUUUGCUGCAGGAACUUUGGAGGGUAAAGUGGAGUGCUGGGACCCUCGCGUGAGGAACAGGGUUGGUUUGUUGGACUGUGCUCUCAGCAGCGUAACAGAGGGAACAGAAGUAGAGGGAUUACCGUCAAUCAGUGCCCUCAAAUUUAACGGUUCCCUUGGCAUGGCAGUAGGCACCAGCACUGGACAGGUCUUAAUGUAUGACUUGCGCUCCUCUCACCCGUUGCUUGUUAAAGACCAUUACUACGGCCUACCCAUUAAAGCCCUGCAUUUCCACGAACCUCUGGACCUGGUGCUGUCAGCGGACUCUAAGAUCAUUAAGAUGUGGAACAGAGACAAUGGAAAAGUUUUCUCCUCUAUUGAGCCUCAAAGCAACAUCAAUGACAUGUGUGUCUAUCCGGGGUCUGGAAUGCUCUUCACUGCCAAUGAGGACCCAAAGAUGAACACAUUCUAUGUACCUGCUUUAGGCCCCGCUCCACGCUGGUGUUCCUUCUUAGAUAACUUAACUGAGGAACUGGAGGAGAACCCAGAAACCACCGUUUACGACGACUACAAGUUCGUCACACGCAAAGACCUAGAGAACCUUGGUCUAACUCACCUGAUUGGCUCAGCCCUCCUGCGAGCCUAUAUGCACGGCUUCUUCAUGGACAUCCGACUGUACCACAAGGUGAAGACUUUGGCAAAUCCAUUUGCCUAUGAGGAAUAUCGUAAGGACAAGAUCCGCCAGAAAAUCGAAGAGUCUAGAACCCAGAGAGUACAGCUUAAGACCCUGCCCAAGGUGAAUAAAGAACUGGCCAUUAAGCUGAUGGAAGAAGGAGAGGAGGAGAAUGAGCUGGGGAACAGGAAGAAGAAGGGCAAGACAUCCACGAAUAUCCUUCACGACGACCGGUUUAAGGUGAUGUUUGAGAACCCAGAUUACCAGGUGGAUGAGCAGAGUGAAGAAUAUCGUCUGCUCAACCCCAUUGUGUCUAAAGUGAGUCAGAAGAGAAGGAAACAGCUCCAGCAGCUUGCCCAGCAGGAGGCCGAACUCCGGAAGGAAGAGGAGGAUGAAGAACCAGAAGGUCGGGCCAGUUCUGAGGAAGAGGAGGAGAGUUCCGACGAUGAUGAUAAGAGCUGGGUGGAGGAGGUACGGGAGCAGCGGCGCCUCCUGCGGGUGGAAGAGAGAGAGAGGAAAUAUAAGGAGCGGAAACAGCAGGACCCCCAGUCUCAAAACCAACCUCGUUUCUACCAGAUCAAAGCCGGGGAGGAGUUCCGCAGCUUCAAGGAUGUUGCCCGAAAACAGAAAAUGCAAAAGGCCUCUCUUGAGGAGCGUCUAAAACUGGAGGAGCAAUCAGGGAUGUUGAAUCUGUCUGACACAGCAGUUGGAAGCAAACAGCUGACCUUCACUCUCAAAAAGUCGGAAAAACAGCGUUCCCAGCAGCAGGCAGAGCGGGAUCAUCAUGAAGAGAGGAGAAAGAUCCGGAGAGCAGCUGGCCACCUACACAGCCGCAGAGGAAGAGGAAGAGGAAGGGGUAGAGGUCGCUACUGACCUGGUCUACCAUUUACAGAGACCCCUAAAGCAGCUUAUAGAUAGAGCAGAGUACAAGUUGCCUCACAGACAACUAGUGAAAAGUUUUCCUGUUGUUGUUAUUUGUCUGUUCUUCAUAUCCUGCUGUGUUCCUGCAGAUUGGACUGGAUGUUUCUAGUUAAUGAAAUGGCCAGAUCCAAUGAGAAAAAGCAGGAAUGAGGAAAACAUAUUUUAUUUC